UUAUAAUUUAAGAGACAGCAUAAAGAAUAUUUGUUUCUCAACAAUACAUUUAUUGUGUAUUUGUAGUGGUUACUCUUAUUACGAAUUCUUUAAGUUUUAACGUGCUAACGUUUUUAUCCACAUUCUAGAACAGUUAUCUUUAUUUAACUAUUUUAAGUACGACGUUCUGUGGAAUCAUAACAAGGAGUUUUUUGGUGAAGUGAAUGACAAAAAUGGACUAACAUGGAAUAAUAGUAUUGGUGACUCUUAUAUCUAAAACAUGGAGGAAAAGACGGAAGAUUCAUUCCAGCUUCACGUUAAUAUUAUGAAAUCGCAAUGUAUGCAGCAUCUGGGUCAAGAAAUACACUCUGACACAGGUAAACCUGCAGGUCUCCAACAUCUGGGUCAAGAAAUACACUCUGACACAGGUAAACCUGCAUGUCCCCAGCAUCUGGGUCAAGAAAUACACUCUGACACAGGUAAACCUGCAGGUCCCCAGCAUCUGGGUCAAGAAAUACACUCUGACACAGGUAAACCUGCAGGUCCCCAGCAUCUGGGUCAAGAAAUACACUCUGACACAGGUAAACCUGCAGGUCCCCAGCAUCUGGGUCAAGAAAUACACUCUGACACAGGUAAACCUGCAGGUCUACAACAAGCGCUCGAGGAGGAACAUUUAUCAUCACCGGGGACAAAACGUGAAAAAGUAACUAAAGUUUGCGAUUUGUGCACAUUUGAUAACCUUCAAGAACCCGCAAUUGGUUUUUGUAUUAACUGCACUGAUUUUCUAUGCAAACGCUGCCUUGUGAAUCAUUCGAGAAUAAAGGUUACACGUUCACAUGUAGUACUUCAAGGGGAUACAAUGCCUGCUAAUGCUGAACCAUUUCUUGGAUUGCGUGCCCUUGUGAAAUGUAAACUUCAUCCAGAAUACGACAUAGAAUUUAUAUGUGCUGAACACUCCACAAAUGUAUGUGCCAUAUGCAUCACAGAUAAACACCAUAAGUGUAAAUUGCACAAAUUGUGCGCCCCGAAUACCGGAGAUAAUCCUAAACAAGAUGCCGUAGUUGAAGAAAGUAUUUUGAAUCUAGAAUCGCAAAUAGAGCAAUUUGCUUCUAAUCGAGAACGAUAUUUGAAGCGCAUGCAGGAAGACAGGGAAAGAAUAAUAAAAGAAGCUCAAGAAAAUGCGAAAUUGUUGAUAGAGAAGAUUGAAACACACACUAAACUGUUGGAAGAUGAAAUCACACAAUUGGUGAACAAAGAAACUAAUAUCACUGAAUCGAACAUAAAUGAUGCCAAAAGUAUGUACACGGAGCUAAGAAGAAUAAAAGAUUUACAUGAAACCUCUCAUAAGUAUGGGAGUGCUAAGGAAUGCGUUCUUGCUGCAUGCCAUGUUGAUGCGACUUCCAAGGAAAUCGCGAGGAAAAUUACUCUUUUGGAAACGUAUGACGAUACGAAAUAUUUAAUUGACAUAGUUGAACAGUUACCUAGAUUUUCCAAUAUUUGCAAUAUUUCAUUGACCAUCGGGGAGAAAAGCAGCUCUGAAAUAGAAAAUGCGAGCGAUGAAGUUGUAGAAUUUCCUGAAUGUAAUGAAAUAAAUGAACAUUUGUUCAACCAGUCAGUGCGAGACAUUGGAAUCCAAUGUGAAUAUUUUAUUUCGAAAUGCAAUCAGGAAGUCCAGACAGUUGACAGGGGAUCUUUGUCUCCACCAACAGUACAAAAGGAUGAAUUACGUGCUGUGCAUUGUACAAUGUUUGAUGAAGCAACCCCAAGUAUUACAAAACCGUUUAUUGAACGGUUGGUUGGCGAGAAAUCGUCAUAUUACAUUGGGAACAACAGUGAUGCAUAUUUGUCCCGCAUUACAGCUAUUCAAAUAUUUUCUGAUGGGAAAAUUCUGUUGGCAGACAGAUCAAACAAAGCGAUAAAGUUGUUGUCAAGCGAUUUCGAGGUUAUUGACGAGUACACGCUUUCUGGGUCUCCACUAGAUGUAUGUCUAGUUGAUGAUGACAUCUACGUCUGUUGCUCUGACGAAAAACAAGUUUCCAGAUUUGGGAUUAACGUCGAUGGAGAAUUGUUUAAGACGGGUGGAUACCCAACUCGGCUGUGGCCUGUGAGCAUAUCGCAUUUUGAUCAAAAAGUAAUUAUAUUGUUCUUGACACAGGAAGACAGUGUUGAUGAUGUCGAAUCAGAAAGCGUUACUAUCGAAAUCAGAGACGGUAGCAGAAUCGAUCGCGGGUUUUAUAUAGACGUUGAUGAUUCAGAUGAUGAAGACGAUGAUCUAUAUCACAUAGUGGACGCUAAAAGAAUCUUAACUUUAGAGACUGGUUCUGUCUUACUAGCAGAGAAUGACCGUGUUUCUUGUUAUGAUAUUGACGCGCGCGAAGAGGAAAUUGGCGGCCGAGAAUGGUUUUAUAGAUCUUAUGGAAAGAAUCAUUUGCAUAACACCCGAGGCCUAGCUACAGACACAGAGGGCAACGUCUACAUUUGUGGACAAGAUUCAAAUAACGUUCAUCAGGUGUCGUCCAUGAAUUAUCGGCAAAACAGAAUUCUGAUAGCUGAUAUCAACAUGCCAUUGUCGGUGUGUGUGGAUUCAGAGCGAGACCGACUGAUCGUGGGCUGUGACGAGGACGAUUACAUUCAUGUGUUUGAAUUUAAAUAAGCAUUUUUGGUUGAGCAUGAGCACAUAUAUUUUGCAAUUAUUUUUAGUGUUGCUUUUUACAAAAGUGUCACAUCAAAUGAACGAUUGAGUAUUACAUUCGCUGUGUAGAUUGGUAUUGUGUUUGUAUAUGUUUGAAGUACGUUCAUGUUAAUUUGUAUAUAUUUGAAGUACUGUAAGAUUAUUUUGUAUAUUUUGAAGUAGUUUAAGUUAAAUUCUAUAAUGGUCUUAUGGUUCCAGCAAACUAAACUCUAACAAAUUGUCUGAUUGUUUAUGUUAUAAUCCUUAUUUAGAUAAAUAGUAUAUGUAUUUCUUUCAUAAAGUGACUUAUAACAUUAAAAUGCAAAGUAAUAUUUUGGGAACUCUAAAGGCAAUACUAUAAGCUUCUAGUGAGCCACUGCAAAACAAGGGCCGUAUAGAUCAAUCUUCUAGUGAGCCACUGCAAAACAAGGGCCGUAUAGAUCAAUCUUCUAGUGAGCCACUGCAAAACAAGGGCCGUAUAGAUCAAUCUUCUAGUGAGCCACUGCAAAACAAGGGCCGUAUAGAUCAAUCUUCUAGUGAGCCACUGCAAAACAAAGGACGUAUAGAUCAAUCUUCUAGUGAGCCACUGCAAAACAAGGGCCGUAUAGAUCAAUCUUCUAGUGAGCCACUGCAAAACAAGGGCCGUAUAGAUCAAUCUUCUAGUGAGCCACUGCAAAACAAGGGCCGUAUAGAUCAAUCUUCUAGUGAGCCACUGCAAAACAAGGGCCGUAUAGAUCAAUCUUCUAGUGAGCCACUGCAAAACAAGGGCCGUAUAGAUCAAUCUUCUAGUGAGCCACUGCAAAACAAGGGCCGUAUAGAUCAAUCUUCUAGUGAGCCACUGCAAAACAAGGGCCGUAUAGAUCAAUCUUCUAGUGAGCCACUGCAAAACAAGGGCCGUAUAGAUCAAUCUUCUAGUGAGCCACUGCAAAAUAAGGGCCGUAUAGAUCAAUCUUCUAGUGAGCCACUGCAAAACAAGGGCCGUAUAGAUCAAUCUUCUAGUGAGCCACUGCAAAACAAGGGCCGUAUAGAUCAAUCUUCUAGUGAGCCACUGCAAAACAAGGGCCGUAUAUAUCAAUCUUCUGUCGGUUGUGUGGAAAGCACUUCAAUCGUAUUGUAUUGUGUGAAUAUUUGCUAUUUCUGAUAACAAAAUGUAUACAUUGUGUAAAACAUAGCAUGUUUAUCAGACGUUACUUAAUGUAUUUGUUUGAAAUUCGACUGAGGGGUGUAGGUUUUAUUUGAAUGUUUACUUCAAUUAUAAAGUAUAAAGAAAAGUAAUCACAUGGUUAGAAUGUGAUUUUAAUAAAACAAUUUCGAUGAACGCAUGUUUGCAUUUUUCUUUGCCUUUUUUCAAAAGUGCACUUUCAUAUGGUCUUCGUCUUAUAUAAUGUAGUUUUCUCAGACAUACUUUAUAUUUAAAACAAAUAAUUAUACUUAUAUUCGUAUAUAUUAUUAUGAGAUAGAACAAAUACUAGUAUACCUGUUUCAUUGAAAAAAAGUAAAAUAACAUUUACACGUCUUGGUUACAUUUAAUUUAUUAAAAAAUCGCUUAUUGGGUUGCGUAAUCAAAUAAUGAUAUAAGUUUGAAGGUAAAUGUUAUUCAAUUGUUUAACUUUGAAUUUCUUCUUGAUCAGGCUUAUUGUGUGUAAUAUAUUUAUGUGUGCAACACCAUAUUAGUUUGUUUCGAUAUGCAUGUGUUUGUUUGCAUUUUAAUAAAAUGUAUUUGCAAAGUU